AUGUAUGAUCCUUACAUUCUUAGCAAGAGGGGCGAUCCUCAUCAACUUAAUUCAUUUUACAUCUUUCAAGUAGUAGCUAAGUUGGUGGGUCUUGUUGUGAAUUUUCUUGGAUCUCAUGCUACUUUGGUUGAUGUUCUGG